AUGCCGCCGCCGCCGCCGCUGCCAAACCCCGCUGCGAGCCUGCCGCCCGUGCGCUCGACGACGCCGCCGUCGCCGAGCGCGGGCGCAAGCGCAGGCAUACACCGCGCCAACACGCCGCCGCCGCUGAGCUUUGCUGUGCCGCCUCCGCCGGAGCUCGAGCCAUCUGCGUCGGCCCGCAGCCCCGAGCCGACGAACACGCUCGCGCUGCUCCUCCCCACGCAGGCGCUGUUCGCGCCCGAGCCGAUCGGCGUGCUCAAGGCCGCGUUCGAGGCGUACGGCCGGCUCGUGCACUGGGCGCCGGUGCGCGGCAUGGGGCGGGUCAUCUUAGUGUACAACGACAACGACGCGGCCGCGCGCGCCAAGCGCCACGGCGACCUCCUGCGCAUCGAGCUGGGGGACGAGGCCGAGGCGGCCGCCGAGGCCGUUGAGGCGCGCAGCCCUGCUCCCGUCGACGACGCACCAGGCUACUUUGACCGCAAGCGCAAGGCGAUCACGCUGCGCGUGUACGCGCUCCCGCCGACGCCGCUCGACCCCGUCGACGCGCACCUCCGCCCGCCGGACGCCGAGCGCAACUUUCUCAUCUCGCCGCCCGGCUCGCCCCCAGAAGGCUGGGAACCAGUCGAGGAGGACGGGCCGAACCUGCACCCGCUGGCGGACGACCUGCGGCGCGCGCUCGAGAGCCUGCAGAUCGCCGCGAGCGGGGGCAAGGAGGUGCUCGUUGACGAGGGCGGCGUGCGCGUCGAGGUCGAGGACACGAGCGCGCCCGCCAAGCGCGAGAGAUGGGACGGCGAGGAGGACGAGUAUGCCGUCGAGGAGCCGUGGGGCGGGCCCGGGAUAUGGGAGGCGCCGAGCCAGGCCAGAGGGGACGGUGGGGGGCUGGGUGGGGGGUUGGGAGGUGCGCUUGGAGGUGGUGGUCUUGGAGCUACGCCCGCACCACCCGCCCUCUCCCUCGGCGAGGUGCUCAGCCCGUCUGGCAAAGUCCGCAUCGUGCCGACUGCGCGGCCGCCUGUCUAG